AUGUUUGCAAAUCUGAAAAUCCAGUAUUCAUUCUUCUGUUUUUUAAGGGGGUCAGGGAGUUGUUCUGCCAUCAAAGGCCUUAACAAGAGCACAACUCCUCAUUGUUCCUGUAGAAGAAAAUUUAACAAAAUUGUUUCAAUGAAGACAUGGAAUUCUUUGUUUCCCUUUUCAAUAAUACAAUUGCCACUUGCUUUUGACAGUUGGGACAAUGAUGGCUAUUCCAUUCUUUUGCAUGCAGAAGUGCUAGCAGAGCUGAGGAAGCACAAUGAUCAACAACCAACCACUGGUGCAUGUGAAAUAUACAAGCCUUUAUCAAUUCUGGAAUGGAAUCGAUUCCAAGCUUUUGAAAAGGAGGAUCUUCCUCAGUGAUCAAGAUGCCGAAGGGAGAACAGAAUGAGAUAAAUGAUGAUAUCUACAGAAUCCCAAUCUACUAAAGCAAAUGAGUAUUGAAUAUCCUCAAAUGAAUGCAUCAGCCAGAACUUGCAGAUCAUAUGAAAGUCACGGGACAUAUUGAGAUUAUUCUGUUUCUAUGGAUUAAUGAAUAUCUUGGUUAUUAAGAUAAUCAUUCCAAUAUCCAGGUGGUUGUUAGAAUAAUCACUCCUUUAUCAUUUUAGUUACAAUUUCUUCUCAUGUAAAUAUCUUUUUUGGCCCUUGUUAUACUUGUAUAAAAGGAGAGCUUUGUAAUCUGAUGAGAUAAUAGAAAUAAUACAUUAUUAUUCAUGCCCAUUAUCUGCGAUCUUCUUGUUUUGUUUAGCUAAAGUUAACAUGGUAUUAGUUAGAGCAGGUUUAGCCUAUUUAAUUUAAGUGUCCACUGCUGCGUCUAAAAGUUCAAUGUUCAAUGUUUCAGGGAGAGGAUUUUCAAGUUCAAGUUCAAGUUCAAGUGUCAACUUAGGGGAAUGUCAAGAGUCCCACAUAGGAAAAGAAUAAGAAACUCAAAGGGUGGUGGAAGGCCAAACAUGGUUAGUUCUAAUCUUUUAACAAUGAUUGAAGUAAGCCCGUCUCACACUCUUGCCUCAGCCACCCACUAGCCUCCACCCGUUGAAUUCAUGUUUGUGAUAUGGUCCUCAAAUGGGACCUAGUUUUGUUGCUUACAGUGACCAAUAAUCCACAUGUGAAGUUGUUCCUCUGAAGUUGUUUUCAGGGCACUCAUACGGGAAAUGGUGGACCAGGAACAUGGAGUUGAUGGUUUAACAGGAAACAGCAGCAGAGUCAGACCAGUCCCACCCUGAUUGAUUUGCAGCAGAGCUAGUGGCUUUGAUUCUUUAUUAUGCAAGCGAGUGCUCAGCAAGAAACAAUAUUCCAAUGCCAUGCAGCUCUGAAGGGUCGCUGUCCGAUAUUGAUGCAGUGUUCCUUGAGCUCACGAAGAUUUUGAGUACAAAGAAAAACCUGCCUAGUUUUUCUCAUCUCUCUCGUAGAUGAUUUUUGUGCACGUAAUGUCUCUUGGUUGCUUAGCUAUGUUGUUCUCUUUAGUUGUUGGUUUUUGACUUCAUGUCUGGGCAGCUAAACUGUACUUUUAAUUAAUGUGUAUAUUGACCAAGGAUGCUUGAUCUUCAUUAACAAGAUAAACCAUGAUGAAGGGGGUUCUCAGUGUACCUAAACCUGUAUUUUAUAUCUCAUUAUUUGGUGGCUAUAGAUCAUGGUUAGUUGA